GUUGCCACGUUUAGCUAGCCGGCAAAUAAACGGUGGAGGUGGUUGUAUUUCGGUUGUUAUUUCUAAUUUAUUAUUAUAUGGAUUUUAUCUGCAAAAUAUUCGAGAAAUCACGCGGAUCCUAGUGUCGAAGGCUACGUUAUUUCCGUAUUCCCACUCAUCGUAUUGCCGUCCUGUUUUCAAACUUGAAGUCACAUUUUUGACUGGCUGAAAUCAAAUCCACACUCACCCUGUUGUGUUGGUGACCUAUUGCAGGAUAUAUUUUUUUUAGAGUGAAGAAUACAAGCUCAACUGAAAAGAUUAAAAUGAGGACACUUCCAUCAAUAGUAUUUUGCCUUUUUAUGCUGGUUUCUCUGUCUGAACAAGUGCGGAAGAAAGAGCUAUCCCUAGCUGACAGGUGGCAGCAGAUGAGUGACCUCAGCUACCGCAGUCAUGUCAUCAGUCUGGACACAGAACGAUUCAAGUCACUGGUGCGAGGUGGCCCUCGGAACUACUCCACCAUUGUCAUGUUCACAGCUAUGGAUGCGCGUCGUGGCUGCGCUAUCUGCCGUGAGGCACAUGAUGAAUAUAUGAUCACUGCCACCUCUCACCGGUACUCCAAGUCCUACCCGAACAAUGUCUUCUUCACCAUGGUCGACUUCGACAAGGGCUCUGACGUGUUCCAGUCGCUGAAGAUCAACACGGCACCCAUGUUCAUCCACUUCCCGGCCAAGGGCAACUACCGCAAGACAGACGUGAUGGACAUUCAGCGGACGGGCAUCUCGGCAGAGAUCAUCGCCAAGUGGGUCGAGACGAUGACCGACGUUCAGAUCCGUGUUAUCCGGCCGCCCAACUACGCGGGCACGGCCGGCCUGCUGCUGCUGAUGGCGCUGUUCGGCUUCCUGCUCUACCUGCGCCGCAACAACCUCGAGUUCCUCUACAACAAGACCAUGUGGGCCGUGAUGGCGCUGUUCUUCACGUUCUCGAUGACGUCGGGCCAGAUGUGGAACCACAUCCGCGGGCCGCCGUUCAUGCAAAAGUCGCGCAACGGCGGCGUGUCGUACAUCGCCGGCGGCUCGCAGUCCCAGCUGGUGGUGGAGACGUACAUCAUCAUCGUGCUCAGCGCCCUCUCCGUCAGCGGCAUGAUUCUAAUGAUCGAGGCGGCCAGCACCAAGACGGACGUCAAGAAGCGUCGCAUCAUGGCCAUCGUCGGCCUGGCGAUGCUGGCCCUGUUCUUCAGCCUCGUGUUGUCCAUCUUCCGUUCCAAGACCGGCGGCUACCCGUACAGCUUCUUGAUACACUAGGUCGGUCCCUAAAUCGGCUCUACAGGCUGCGCCGGCUCUGGCAGCAGCAGCUGUCACCUGCCGCGGUUGGCAGUCGCUAGAAGUCAUCGGUACAGCCAGACCCACUAGAAGUCUGACGGUCACCUGCUCAGAUCAGCAGGGAGUGGUGCACCCAGCCCGGCUGUCCUAUCAGACCAACCAGGAUACUGCGGACCGGCGCGCUUGGAGUUCAGUUUUAUCCUGCCGCUGCCAUGCUGCUGUCAGUGGUAGCAUGGCAUAACAGUCAAGUAUGGGUUAUGUUUGAAGGGGUGGGGGGUGGAAAUUGACGUCCCGGUUAAUUAUAUGGGGCGCAGGGCGGGGAAGGCUGACGCGGCGCAUCUGCACCAGCCCGAUCUGGGUACGGUUGUUGUUUUGUUGGUAUUUGUCGCGGCGCGGGGCAGCCGGCCGGCCAGCGCGGCGCGGGGCAGCCGGCCGGGCCGCUCUGGCUGACAUUCCGGUUGUGAUUGGCGCCGCCGCCGCGGGGGCUGGGAGGGUGUCCGUGUGCCUCUUGUCCGCCUGGGUUUUAAAUUACUGUGGUUGUUUUGUCCUCUGUGUGUCCUCCGAGUCGUGUGGCGGCGAGGUGUUCGCGACCGUCGGUCAACUGGGGCCGAGUGCACUACAUUGGUGUGGCAGGGUCUGAGGUCGGUGUCACAAAAGUGUGCGAAUCACGGGGUGGGCGAGCGUUUUCCACAAUAAACCUGGUACUGAGA